GGAAGUACGCGGAGCCGGAGCGCAGCGUGGUGGCACCAGACACCUCCCUUUCCCCCUACCGCUUUCUUUCUUUCUGUCUUUCUUUCAGUAAUUAUUAUUAUUUUUCUACCCCGCAAGCCUCCCCCUCUCCCUCCUCGUUCGGGUGGCUGCCCCAGUCCAGCAGCCGGGACGCUGCUCCGCCUCCGCUGGGUGCCGCCGGCCGCCCUCGCCUCCCUGCGCCGGGACUCCGGGAAGCGAAAGCUCUGCGGCUCCCAGCUCGCGCUCCGCCUGUCAGCCCCACGGCCGCGCGGCUGGCGUACCCGGGUGCAGGCGUCGCCGCGCUUCGAGACGUCCGCAGCGCCGUGGGGGCCCUGCCCGGGUCCCGGAGACCGCUCGGGCGACUGCUUCCUCUCCCGCCGGCCGCGGGAGCCCGGCGAUGGUGGCCGCCUGCGCUCCCGCGCUGUAGCCGGGCGCCCCCUAAGUUUGGAAGCCGCCGCGGCGCGGAGAGGAGUCUGCACUAGGGGAAGAAAGUUUUGCGGGGUGCGCCGAGCGGGCCCUGGGCGCACCUCCCGUUGCUCUCUCCCCGCUUUCCGGCGCCUGGAGCCUGUUGGCGGGGAGUGGAGGGAGGCAGCAUGGCCCGCGAGCCGGAGGAAGAGGAGACGGCGAGGACCGCCGCCCUGGCCCGCCGCUGCCGAGGCAAGCCCGGCCGGGCCGGGGCCGGAGCGCUGCGGCCGUCCCUCUGGCUGUUCUGCCUGGUCGUAUGCUGGCUCCUGGGCGCGGUGGCCGACGCCGACUUCUCCAUCCUGGACGAGGCACAAGUGCUGGCGAGCCAGAUGAGGAGGCUUGCGGCCGAGGAGCUGGGGGUCGUCACCAUGCAACGAAUAUUCAACUCCUUUGUUUACACUGAGAAAAUCUCAAAUGGAGAAAGUGAAGUGCAGCAGCUAGCCAAAAAAAUCCGAGAGAAGUUCAACCGUUACUUGGAUGUGGUCAACCGGAACAAGCAAGUUGUGGAAGCAUCCUACACAGCUCACCUGACCUCCCCACUCACUGCGAUCCAGGACUGUUGUACCAUCCCACCUUCCAUGAUGGAAUUCGAUGGGAACUUCAAUACCAAUGUAUCUAGAACAAUUAGCUGUGACCGACUUUCUACCACUGUUAACAGCCGGGCCUUCAAUCCAGGACGAGACUUGAAUUCAGUUCUUGCAGACAACCUGAAAUCCAACCCUGGAAUUAAGUGGCAGUAUUUCAGUUCCGAAGAAGGAAUUUUCACUGUUUUCCCAGCACACAAGUUCCGGUGUAAGGGCAGCUAUGAGCAUCGCAGUAGACCUAUCUACGUCUCUACAGUCCGGCCGCAGUCAAAGCACAUAGUAGUGAUCCUGGACCACGGGGCCUCCGUCACGGACACCCAGCUUCAGAUCGCCAAGGACGCCGCCCAGGUCAUCCUCAGCGCCAUUGACGAACAUGAUAAGAUCUCGGUGCUGACUGUGGCCGACACUGUCAGAGCCUGCUCGCUGGACCAGUGCUACAAGACGUUCCUGUCUCCCGCCACCAGUGAGACAAAAAGGAAAAUGUCCACCUUCGUGAGCAGCGUCAAGUCCUCGGACAGCCCCACGCAGCACGCAGUGGGGUUUCAAAAGGCGUUCCAGCUGAUUCGAAGCACAAACAAUAACACCAAGUUCCAAGCGAAUACAGACAUGGUCAUAAUUUACCUGUCAGCUGGCAUUACAUCAAAGGACUCUUCAGAAGAAGAUAAAAAGGGGACUCUCCGCAUCAUCAAUGAAGAAAAUAGCUUUCUAAACAACUCCGUGAUGAUUCUCACCUAUGCCCUCAUGAACGAUGGGGUGACUGGUUUGAAAGAGCUGGCUUUUCUAAGAGAUCUGGCUGAACAGAACUCAGGGAAGUAUGGCGUGCCGGACCGGUCAGCCUUGCCUGUGAUUAAGGGAAGCAUGAUGGUGCUGAACCAGCUGAGUAACCUGGAGACCACAGUCGGCAGGUUCUACACCAACCUUCCCAACCGAAUGAUUGACGAAGCUGUCUUUAGCCUCCCCUUCUCUGAUGAGAUGGGAGAUGGUUUGAUAAUGACUGUGAGUAAACCCUGUUAUUUUGGAAACCUGCUUCUGGGAAUUGUAGGUGUGGACGUGAACCUGGCUUACAUCCUUGAAGAUGUGACGUAUUACCAAGACUCUUUGGCUUCCUAUACUUUUCUCAUAGAUGACAAAGGGUAUACACUUAUGCACCCGUCACUCACCAGGCCAUAUUUACUGUCAGAACCCCCUCUUCAUACUGACAUCAUUCACUAUGAAAAUAUCCCCAAAUUUGAGUUGGUUCGGCAAAAUAUUCUCAGCCUCCCUCUGGGCAGCCAGAUUAUCGCAGUGCCUGUGAACUCAUCCCUGUCCUGGCACAUCAACAAGCUGCGAGAAACAGGGAAGGAGGCGUACAACGUCAGCUACGCCUGGAAGAUGGUACAAGACACUUCCUUUAUUCUCUGCAUUGUGGUGAUACAACCAGAAAUACCUGUCAGACAACUGAAGAACCUCAACACUGUCCCGAGCAGCAAGCUGCUCUACCACCGGCUGGACCUCCUGGGCCAGCCUAGUGCGUGCCUCCACUUUAAGCAGCUGGCCACUCUAGAAAGUCCAACCGUCAUGCUGUCUGCUGGCAGUUUUUCCUCCCCCUACGAGCACCUCAGCCAGCCAGAGACAAAGCGUAUGGUGGAGCACUACACAGCCUAUCUCAGUGACAACACCCGCCUCAUCGCUAACCCAGGGCUCAAGUUCUCUGUCAGAAAUGAAGUAAUGGCUACCAGCCACGUCACAGAUGAAUGGAUGACACAAAUGGAAAUGAGUAGCCUGAACACGUACAUUGUCCGCCGUUACAUAGCAACACCCAAUGGUGUCCUCAGAAUUUAUCCUGGUUCCCUCAUGGACAAAGCAUUUGAUCCCACUAGGAGACAAUGGUAUCUCCAUGCAGUAGCUAACCCAGGGCUGAUUUCUCUGACUGGCCCUUACUUGGACGUUGGAGGAGCUGGAUAUGUGGUGACCAUCAGUCACACAAUCCAUUCAUCCAGCACACAGAUGUCGUCUGGGCACACUGUGGCCGUGAUGGGCAUUGAUUUCACGCUCAGGUACUUCUACAAAGUUCUCAUGGACUUGUUACCAGUUUGUAACCAGGAUGGCGGCAACAAAAUAAGGUGCUUCAUAAUGGAGGACAGGGGUUAUCUGGUGGCACACCCCACCCUCAUUGACCCCAAAGGACACGCACCUGUGGAACAACAGCACAUAACCCACAAGGAGCCCCUGGUGGCAAAUGAUAUCCUGAACCACCCCAACUUUGUGAAGAAAAACUUGUGCAACAGCUUCAGUGACAGGACAGUCCAGAGGUUUUAUAAAUUCAACACGAGCCUUGUGGGGGAUUUGACGAACCUUGUGCAUGGCAGCCACUGUUCCAAAUACAGACUGGCGAGGAUCCCGGGAACCAAUGCGUUUGUCGGCAUCGUCAAUGAGACGUGCGACUCUCUUGCCUUCUGUGCUUGUAGCAUGGUGGACCGGCUCUGUCUCAACUGUCACCGAAUGGAACAAAAUGAAUGUGAAUGUCCCUGUGAGUGCCCUCUAGAGGUCAAUGAGUGUACUGGCAACCUCACUAAUGCAGAGAACCGAAACCCAAGCUGCGAGGUGCAUCAGGAGCCAGUGACGUACACAGCCACGGACCCUGGCCUGCAAGAUGCUCUUCACCAAUGUGUCAACAGCAGGUGCAGUCAAAGGAUGGAAAGUGGGGACUGUUUUGGCGUGCUGGACUGUGAGUGGUGCAUGGUGGACAGUGACGGAAAGACUCACCUGGACAAAUCCUACUGUGCGCCCCAGAAAGAAUGCUUUGGGGGGAUUGUGGGAGCCAAAAGUCCCUACGUCGAUGACAUGGGAGCAAUAGGCGACGAGGUGGUCACCCUGAACAUGAUUAAAAGCGCCCCUGUGGGCCCCGUGGCUGGAGGCAUCAUGGGAUGCAUCAUGGUCCUGGUCCUCGCCGUGUACGCCUACCGCCACCAGAUCCACCGCCGCAGCCAUCAGCACAUGUCUCCUCUGGCUGCCCAAGAAAUGUCAGUGCGUAUGUCCAACCUGGAGAACGACAGAGAUGAAAGGGAUGAUGACAGCCAUGAAGACAGAGGCAUCAUCAGCAAUACUCGGUUCAUAGCCGCGGUCAUCGAACGGCAUGCCCACAGUCCGGAAAGGAGGCGUCGCUACUGGGGCCGAUCGGGAACAGAAAGUGACCACGGCUACAGCACCAUGAGCCCGCAGGAGGACAGCGAAAACCCUCCGUGCAACAACGACCCCUUGUCAGCAGGGGUGGAUGUGGGGAACCACGACGAGGACUUGGACCUGGAUGCCCCGCCUCAGACCGCAGCCUUACUAAGUAACAAGUUCCACCACUACCGCUUACACCACCCCACGCUCCAUCACAGCCACCACCUACAGGCGGCCGUGACAGUUCACACCGUGGAUGCGGAGUGCUAACAGUCCCCUUCCCUCUGUGAGAAGACGGGAUCUGGGAGAUACAGAAUAUUCUAGAGGAAGAAGAAUCGGCAUGAAAUCCACAGCAAGAAACCCCUUGUGUUUGGGCUUUGUCCGGGGCGGCUUAACUCCGUCCUGCCUGUUAGUAUGUUUGACAACAGGAGAAACAACAAAACCGCACUUGGGAAGGUGGCAGGCUGGUUCUGGAAUGGAGGGGAAAUUAGCCUGAUAAAUGAACCUGCCAUGAUCCUAACGGAACGGAACAGAAGGCAAACCUCCAAACAUAGAGACAAAACCUAUAAAUGAAACAUUGGGAACCUUCGUUACACUGAGCCAGAGGAAUGUCCCGAGGAGCCAGAAACAUCCAGCUCUCCUUAACUGGAAGAGAGAGAAAUGUGCUGAACUAGAGAUAGACUGGGAGCGCGGCACGCCGGAGGCAAGUGUGUGCUUGGAAGAUUUCACUUUGUUUCUUAGCGGUACCUAGAGACCACAAUUGCUGUAUGGAACUCAUGUUCAGCUCUGAGUGAUGCAUCUCAAUAUUUCUAAGUAAAGGAUUAUUUUUCUACUAUUUAUUGAACUUUCAAACAUUCUCAAACUUUGGGGGAAAGAAGAGGAAACAUGAGAAAUUUUCAGCAAUUAUUCCUAGCUAUUUUGUGUGUAAUGAAGUGGUUCUUUGACUGAGGAGUUCUCUUUCUUAUUUAACUGAUAUCAUCCCACUGCCCCACUCCACAAAAUGGGAAAAUGAAGAAAUGUUUCUCUCUGACUUGUUUACAAACAUUGUCUUUGGAACAUGAUUUCGUGGACACACGCCUUUAUUCGUAUUGCAGGCAGUAUUCUUUCCCUGUGUUUCACAGAGAUGGGAGAGGCAGAGAAAUCCAACAAGUUCUUAAAGAAAUUGUGUUUCUUUUUAACACUUUCCCACUCCCCAUACAAUGCUUUUCUUAGGUUUCUACGAAACCUAAUAUUACAACCCCAGCCUUUCAGCUAAGGGAGGGCUGCAUUUAUUCUCCAUGUUUCAGAGACUAGAAAUUUGAAAAUAUCCCAUUUUGAGUCUAAGAAUAUUGAAUACCCAAAAGAAGAAGUUUUUAAAAUCCAAAAUUUCGAUUGUGUGUUAAAGAUUUCUUUUGAAAUCAUAGUUCGAAGCUACUGCCAGUCAUCCAAGAAGUUAUCCACCAAACUGCUUUGUGAUGUAUACAGAGAUUAAUCAAAUUGGGCUAAUAUAACAUGGCAUUGUAAUUUUAAAGUAGUGUUCUAAUGACAGUGAUGUAUUUUAGAUUCACAUGUUGUGAUUCCAAUAUGUUACAAAGAUAUUCUUGCACCGUGUGUGUGGUAAAUCUCCAUUUAUAUGUAGUUGGCAAAAAUUCACUGAAUAAUGUUUUAAUGAUAGGGUAUUAUGAUAUCAUGUAAAAAAAUUAAUGGUUCCUCAGCAGCACAGGAAGUAAACUAUGUGUGCUAUCAGGACACCCCUUCGUACUGUGUAUAAAGUUGCAGUCUAGUGGAAUAAACUGUAUGAAUGGA